UGAUAACUCAUCGCAAAUAUCUCAUCUUACGAGCAAAGGUUAGAAAGAUUUUGAGUCGUUAGAUUAUUCCAAUUUGGUCCAUCCAAAGGAUUCCAUCUCCACAGGAAAGUUCAUUACAACACAUCCAAAUGAUGUCUACGAACAAGAUGCCCGUGCUCUGUAAAUUUGGAGGCGACUUCAUUUGGGAAUCAAAUAAGGUUUAUUACAAGGGAGGCACAAACCGCAUCAUUCAUGUCGAUCGAGGGAUUGAUUACAUCAAUCUUAUAUCUAAAGUGCUUGGGAUUUGCAAGUUUACUGACAUUAGCAGCAUCAAGUACAAAUAUCCUGGUCUUGAUUUGGAUUCACUUGUGUUGAUUGAGAAUGAUGAUGACGUAUCCAAUAUGAUGGAAGCAUUUCCUCAAAGCAGUGAGCCUAUUCAGCUAUUCAUUUUUUGUGGCCAAAACCUUUCAAUCCCCAUUGCGAAUCCCAGUUUUCUGAUGCAGAAUGCCGAUAAUGAAAAUGAUCAAGCAUUAUUGCGGAAUUUACAUGAAAGUAAUGGAACAAUUGCACCUUCCUCACAUAAUACUAAUGUCAAUAACAAUGAUGUUCCAAGUGCAUCAAAUGAUUUACGUAAAGUGGACUGCUUGUUGAUGGAUAAUCAAAUGGUUGAUAGUUGUGUUAAUGACAUGCCGAAAAUUAUGUCGGUUUUAAAAGAAGACCAAGAAUUUGAAGAUGCAAAUGCUUUCCACAAGGCUUUAAGGGAGUACGCCAUACGUUCAAAUUUUGAAUACAAGCGAACCAGGUCAAGCGGUGGCCGUUAUCAGGCGAAAUGCAUUAAAGACAAUUGCUCAUGGCGCAUACAUGCAUGGAAGCUUCUCGACAAGCCUACAUUCAAGAUAAAAUCCUUGAAGGGAGAUCAUACUUGUAACGUUGUGAAUGAGUCAACAAUGUCAAAUACAAGAACGCAUCGACAAGCCAGUAGGAAAUGGAUUGCUGAUUUGGUCAAGGAUCGACUCCAGAAAAAAUUGUGCUGUACACCCAAAGAUAUUGUCGAUGAGAUUAGUCGAGAAUAUGGGAUCAAAGUGAGUUAUGAUAAAGCUUGGAGGGGUAAAGAAUUGGCAGUAAAAGAGAGGAACUUGAUUACAACUCUCAUGGAGAUUUGUGAAGAAAUACAGAGAACAAAUCAAGGAAGCACAGCAAAGCUUAGUAGGUUGUCGGACAACUCCUUGAGACUUUUUGUUGCAUAUAAGGCUUCCAUUCAUGGUUUCAAGCAAGCAUGUCGACCAGUUAUAAGGUUUGAUUGUAUGAAGAUGGAAGGAAAAUGGCGAGGGGUGUGGCUGUUUGCCAUGGCCUUUGAUGCAGAAGACGAUUGGUUCCCAAUCUCAUAUGCAUUUGUUGAAUCAAAGAAUGUAAGGAAUUGGAAAUGGUUCUGUGAUGAGUUGGCUCAAGUCCUGAAAUGCAUACCUAAACUAACAUUUAUAUCAGAUAGACAGGAAGGGAUUCUUGAAGUUGUUAGUGGUAUCUUUCCAUAUGCAUCUCAUCGAUACUCUCAGUGGCAGUUGCUUAAAGAAAUUUUGGAGAAGUUUGAAUGUUGGAAUUUGUAUUGGCUUUUUAAGAGUGCAGUUUAUGCAGGGGGUCAUUCUGAAUUCGAUGCUUGCAUGCAUGAAAUUCACGAUAAAUAUAAAGAAGCAUGGAAUAUUGUAAAGGAUAUUAAUCCUAAGCACUGGGCCACUUCUCACUUUGAAGAGAAGCUUUAUUUUGAUGAGGAAUAUUAUCAUUUAGACUGGUGCGAUUGGUGGUUUGGUGCGAUUGAAUGGCACGACUUGCCUAUCACUGGGUUGUUGGUAAAGUUGCAUGAUUAUAUGAUAGAUAUAUUUAAUGAAAAGUCGAAAGAAAGUUUAACGUGUAACACAACAUUCGUUCCUGGAUUUGAAGAGGUUAUUUCUAAAGAAGAGAUGUUUUCAGAAAAUUAUUGUGUGUCAGGUGGUGCAGCAGAGUUUGAGGUUCGUGAUGUGAACAAUGCAAAUGCAGAUCCAAAGAAGGUGGAUCUUGAACAACGAACAUGCUCUUGCCUUGAAUGGCAAAGGCGUGGGCACCCUUGUGGACAUGCCAUUGCAGCUAUCAAAUAUAGUCGAUGUAACAUACAUGACUAUGUUGAUGUGCAUUUCAAGGUUGACAAAUACAGGGAGACAUAUUCAGAGGUUAUUCAUCCAUUGCAUUUGGCUAACACAAGCCUAAGCAAAGGGAAGAAGAGAAAAUAUGUUGAUUUUGAAGAGAGAUGCCUUGUCUAA